AUGCAGACGGUAGAAACGUGUGCGACCACAACACGUGCUGUGAUAGCAAGGCUCAUAAGGGAGGGGGGGUACCAUCCCACGAAUGCGGAAAAAACAAGGGGCGAAGUGACUCACAAACGAGGCUGGAUAGAGUGGGUGAAGUGUGGACGAAGGGGCGGAGGGGACAACGAGACUCUGCGGCAGGCUGAGAGGAGGCGGGCGACCAGAGAGGAGAGAGGACAAGGGGGCAAGGCACAGAGACGAAGCGAUAGAUAG